AUGAUUCUCAACGCUGGGAUCUUAGGCGACAGCGCCUGGUAUUAUCACCCCUUUACUGUUAUCAUACUUGCAUGGAUUGGCUUUUUAGCUAUUCUUGUCGUCUAUCGAAUUCUUUUCCACCCACUUGCGGCCGUUCCGGGACCUUGGCCAGCAAAGGUGACCGGACUCUACCGCACAUACCUUUAUUGGAGAGGUACAUUCCAUGAAGAUAUCGUAAACCUUCACAAGAAAUACGGAAAGGUGGUCCGUAUCAAUACCGAUGAAGUUUCUACCGUCGAUGCCGUUUCCCUCAAGCAGAUAUAUGGCUUCGGAAACAACAAUGCUCGGAAGCAUCAGUUCUACGAUGCAUUUCGGCUCGACUUGCCUGACGCUUUCAAUGAGAUUGACCCAGCGAACCAUGCUCUCAUUCGAAAGCGUUCCUCAAACGCCUACGCAAUGUCCUCCAUCAUCGCCUACGAACCUUAUAUGCAAAGCGUACUCGAUCUUUGUUGGUCGAAAAUCCGAGAGUACCUAGCUUCGAACGACGGUCAGCCAAUCGACAUGUCAAAAUGGUCUCACCACCUUGCCUUCGAUUUCAUCUCCGACCUAGUUUGUGGCCAGCCUAUGGGUCACUUGAGCCAAGGAAAGGAUGUCGGUGACAUCAGAGCAACCAUCAACCGUAUCACAAAACUAGUCGUCCUUCUCGGGGACAUUCCCACACAAACUGCUUUCCUCAGAAACCCGGUCAUCACCUUUAUCCAAAGUCGUAUCCUCAGGAUCAAGAACCCAAUGGAGGGUUUCUUCCAGUUUUCGGCUGACCGGGUUCGCGAUCGCGUCACUGGCAGAAGUGGCGUGGAUCGAAAAGACAUGCUGUCACAUUUCACCUACGCCAAGCCAACCAUGGAACCUACCGCAGAAAAUAUUGAGAGGGAAAUCCUGCGUGACGUACAAACUGCAUUUGGAGCCGGCUCAGACACGACAUCAAUUUCCAUGAGAGCUAUCAUAGUGUAUCUGGGUUUGCAUAUCGAUAUAUACAAACGGCUACAGAAGGACAUAGACGGCUUCUACACUGCUAAUGAACUCGGAGCCCUCGAGCCGCUCACCUUCAACCAAACUAAGAAGAUCCCUCUGAUCCGAGCAGUCGUUGCUGAGGCAGUAAGGCUUGUCCCUGCUAUCUGCGGGCAAUUGCUGCGUGUGUCUCCCGGCAUCACAGUGGACAAGUAUUGGAUUCCGCGUGGGUAUACCAUUGGUAUUAGUGCCAUGGCAGUGAACAAAGAACCAUCCAUCUUCGGUGAUGACGCCGAUAAGUUUCGACCGGAUCGCUGGCUGGAAGGCAGUGAUGCAUAUACUCGCCUUGAUAAUGCUAGCAUGACGUUUGGGAGAGGCGCAAGAGGUUGCUUAGGCAAGAACAUUGCUCUUGUUGAGCUUCACAAAUUCACGGCUCAGUUUUACCGAUUUUUUGAUGUUGAUCUUGUGGAUAAAGAAACACCUUGGAAAAAUGAAUUUUUUAUGAUUGUAGAUCCCCUAGAUGUUCGUGUGAGACUGAAGGAACGGUUUAAAUAA